AUGAGUUCUUCAUCUUUUUUUUCUCCAGAUUACGACAGCGUCGUAAACAGACGAUCCCCUACUCCUCAAAGCCCUGAUACCACCAAGCCAUCCAAGAUCCAACAAACUCUUGGAACCCAAAAACGUCAUGGGACAAAUGUCCAGGAAUCCAACGUCGCUGGUCGUGUCAUUGUGGCCGAAACCAGCAGUCAUGCCGCGCCGAGCGCCGCACCGGGGUUUGCGUACACCAACUUUGUUAUACGCUUUUUAAGGUACGCUCUAACGUGUGCAGUCCUAAUCACAGCUAUCAUCAUCAUCCAGCUAAAGGGACUUUUACCUGCUCGAUCGCUUGUUUCAGAAGUCCCUGAUAAAGUCUGGUUCACAGACAAGUUCCGGCUAUCAAUCCCGGACUCAAUAGAGCCUUCUCGCAUUACAGCAUGGAACAAUAUCCCUCUGGAAGAAAAAACUGUCCCGCUAAUUGCGGAGUUUCAUACCCACACAACACACUCAGACGGGUCCAUGUCACCGGCACAAGUGGUCGACUGGGCUAUUGCAUAUGGAUUUAAUGUGUUGUUUGUCACAGAUCAUAACAACCUACAAGGUGGACUUAAAGCUCAAGAGUAUGCUUUGAAAAAUAGGUCUUCUGAAAUUCAUGUUGUACCUGGAAUUGAGUACACUUGCUGUCGUAUCCAUAUGAAUCUUGUUGGUUUGACUGCUGCUGCUGCUGCUGCUGCUGCUGAUGAUGAUGAUGAUUCAAAAAAACCAUCAUAUCUUUCGCCACCAUCAAAGUGGCCUUCAGAUGAAGAGCUACAAAUGGCCAUUAAUGAAACACACCGCCGUGGCGGCCUCGUCUUUGUGAACCACCUUCCGUGGUCUCUCUCAACCGAAUAUGGCCGCCAAGUACCCACCAUCCAGAUUCACCCGACUAUCGAACAACUUUUAGCAUGGGGCGUCGAUGGGUUUGAGUCUGUAUCUGAAGGUACACUAGAUCUGCCCACCAUUCGAUUUACUGAAAAACAUUCCAUGCCUUACAUUACAGCAACUGACUUGCAUUCACCAGACAUUGCCCCUACUGCUUGGACAAUUCUAAACAUGCCCAAGAACUCAAUGCCACACAAACGGCAACAAAAAUCCUUAACUGUCCAACAAAAGGCUCGUAUUCAACAUCCCUUUACAACAACUCCACAGGAACUGCACCCCCAAGAUACCUACAAGCAUCUCCUGGAAGAUGCAAAUAACUUCACAGCAGCCAUAAUGGACUUGCUUCGCUCGCGAACCCCAGGUGCAACAAAUUUUUAUUAUUCCCCAAUUGGACCCUCCCAGCGUGUGUACCCAGUGCCAAAUACCUCUAAAUGGGACUGGUUUUCACCACUGGCAGCACUUGACUUUACAUACUUUUGGACAGAAGACAAGGGAAUGUAUUCGUUUGUAAAUGGGUUUUGCCACGAGCGCAUUUUCACUUUCUACUUUACGCGUGCCUUUGCAUUCAUCUUUUGGGCCUUUUUACUCUUUAUUAUUGCAGAACUGAUAGGAUUUGCCAUUAAUAUGGGUUUAAUUAGUAAAUAG